AUAAGCGCCGGGCCAGGCCGGCACCCCUUCUCAGUCCUGCUGCUCUCUCGUGUGGCGUGGAAGGUGCUGCGUUCUUCAGCCGAAGCUAAGGCCGCGUUCCCGGCGACUGGCACCGCACGCUCCCCCCCAUCUCCAGCCAUGGCCUCCGUCUCCGAGCUCGCCUGCAUCUACUCCGCCCUCAUCCUGCACGACGACGAAGUCACCGUCACGGAGGAUAAAAUCAAUGCUCUCAUCAAAGCGGCUGGAGUGAAUGUGGAGCCUUUCUGGCCCGGUCUCUUCGCGAAGGCUUUAACCAACAUCGACAUCGGAAGCCUCAUCUGUAACGUAGGAGUUGGUGGUGGUGCUCCAGCCGCAUCGGCCCCAGCGGGAGGAGGGCCCCCUGCCAGCGGUGCUGCUCCUGCUGAAGAGAAGAAAGAAGAAGAAAAGAAAGAAGAGUCGGAAGAAUCCGACGACGACAUGGGCUUUGGUCUUUUUGACUAAGCUGGUUUUUUUCUACUCUUUAUAAUAAAGAGAAAAAAAACACU